AUGGCAGUCAGACAGAACGGGGCAGGAGGAGUGCUCCGCAGGUCCCCACAUGCCAUGCCUGCGCAGAGGGAGGGGCCGCUGGCGCUGUGCACCCUGCAGCGUGGCAACCAGGACACCGGCCCCUCCAGCCCCCGUCUCUCCUCAGCGGGGCCUCACCGCCAUCCUGCCCCACCAGAGAUGGAGCCUGGCCGCAGCCAGGGGAGGCCGUGUGUGCCGCUCGUUUAUGUCAACAGCUUCGGCUCCCACUGCUGCGGCUCCGUCAUCCGCUACGGCCGGGGCUGCUGGCAGGCUGAGGCGGGCCGCGCCGGGCCGAGGCCCGCGGGGCAGGCCGGGAGGCGAAGGGCCGCCCUGGCGUCAGGGGACAUGGCCAGACCUGGGCCACCCGCUGCCGGUGGCAGGGCACGGGCGGUGGGGAGCUGUGGCACGGUGAAACCUGUCAGCCACCAUGGUGGUGACCUUCAAGAGGCUAAGACUGACACCUUUGACUUUCCCCUCCCGUCAAGAAAUGUUGAUAAAGUAAUUAAACGAAAGAAGCAAAAGUCCAAAGUCUGGCUUAAGGUCUGGAAAGUAAUUUCAAAAAUGCUUGAAGAAAAUGAAAAGUUCAGAAGUCGACUCUUGACUUGCAGUCAGUUUAAUGGAGAAGGCAGUGAUAUGAACCAAAGUUCACAGAAAGAGGCAUCCUACCUGGACAGGGAGGAGUCCAUCUUUGGCUGGGUAUAG